CACGCACACACACACACACACACACAAAUGUCUAGCACAAGUAGUCAGCCCAUAAAAGAGCAAGCACACACACACAAAACAAGCACUGCUGUGUUAACAGUAACCAUGGCAAUUCUGCCAUACUGCGAGACUUGCGAAGAGACAGAAAAUAUCUUCUUUAUCUAGUUUUAACAAAGCUCUUUGCAAUUAAAGAGGUGACGGUUACCGGGGAGACGCGCGUGCAGCAGGAUGCGGGGUAUCCGGUAACGCGCUCGUAGUCUUUCCAAGAGAUGCCGCGUGAAGAUAUCCCGAUGUUACCUCGGGUCUGAUUGAAUAUUGACCCGGUUCUGCUUUGAUAAGAUGCUGUCCGGUCCAAACUUUAAAUACACCGCAAGGUAAAGUUUCCUCAAGACUGGAUCAUGGCUUUCUUCAGGAGUUUUUAAAGCUCACGGACGUCUCUCGGACAGUAUGGCCUCGUGGGGCUUUACGUGCAGAAAUAUAAAUCAAACAGCAAGCACUUUAACAGAAUGACACCACUGUGGAGCCAGCGACACGGACGCGAGGCACCUAGACCUAGAUGGGCACUGACGGAUCAGAAGAUCAAACUCCCUAAAUGCCCCAAUGCUGUCCCUCGGCAACCUCUGCCCACAAAUCCACCCAGAUUAAGACCCCGAAAGCCCACCACAGACUAUGGGCCUUUAAAAAGCUCCGUGAUAGGGUUGGAUCACUGGGGGGAACCAGGAUUUCCCAGAGCGAGUGGCUACCAUGCCAGGCAUGCAGAAGAAAGCCCAGUACGGCCACGAAUUGUGACCGUGGUACGGCCGUGUGGAGAGCAGAGUCUGCGUAAGAUCUCACUGCUUUUAAACCGCCGUGCUGUGCAGACGUUUGAGCAGCUAAUGGCAGAUGUAUCCGAAGCCCUCGGUUUUCCCCGCUGGAACAACGCUCGCAUACGCCGCCUCUUUAGUCCCGCUGGCCGUGAGAUCCACAGCCUUUCCGACUUCUUCCGCAUCGACCAUGCUUUUCUGGCCUUUGGAGUCAAUCGACCAUCUCUUGAUGAGGUGCACACAGCCCUGAACGAGUUAUACCCCGAAAACCCCAAGUACUGUGAACACCUCCUAAGGAUAUGGGAUCGUAUCCUGAGACCUAAAGCCACCAAAGCAGAUAGUGGUUUCCAUGACGAUGAACCUGGCGGUGAGGGGCAUUUACCUACUGUAUGUAAUCAACAUCUAAACCAACUAGCUGCCAACAACCUGCAGCCUGUUGGAGGUCAAGGACGGCAAAGAGAUAAAGCUAAAAAAGAAAGGCAGAGAAAAGACAGAGAGUUGUGGGUGAGGAAGGGUGACCAACAGAAAGAAGAUGUAAAGGAGCCAAAGAAGGAGGAAAGAAAGGCAGAACCGGUUUAUUGCAGGAGCUGUCGAGGAUGUGGUCCACCUAUACCCCCAAUCAGAAGCAAACCACAUUAUAAGCCAAAUAACCCUAGUGAUGCAAAUAAUACUUCAGAAAACACACCACAUAGACCACUGAAAGCCGACGAGCAUGUUGCCAAUCCUAACUCGGUUGAUAAAAACCUGAAUAAUGCUUUUAGCACCGAGGCGAUAUUCGAGACACCUCAGCAGGCCAUUCACAACCAAGAAGCAGCAAAACAGAGAAACUUCCAGGCUAAUCUACCACCCGAUGGUGCAGAAGUUACAUCAGAGGACAUCGAGCGCUGCUACGACAUCGGCCGUGUGGUAGGGGAUGGGAACUUCGCAGUGGUAAGGGAGUGCCGAGUGCAUGGCGUACCUGAAAUCUUUGCCAUGAAGAUCGUGGACAACGCCAAGCUGCAGGGACGCGGUCACAUGAUCAAGAAUGAGAUUUCUCUGCUCCGUAGCCUAGAACAUCCUCGACUCAUUCAGCUCUUUCGUUCACAUCACACCGACACCCAUGUGUACCUGCUGAUGGAGCUGGUCACCGGUGGAGACCUGUUUGAUGCUAUCUCUCAGAACGGCAGGUUUAAUGAGCCAAGUGCUGCAUGCAUGAUCAGAGACAUCAGCCAGGCUCUGGAAUACAUCCAUGACAAGAGCAUUGCACACAGAGAUAUCAAACCUGAAAAUCUACUGGUUCAGCGGCAUGGCAAUGGAAGUUUAAAUCUGAAAUUGGCUGAUUUUGGAUUAGCUAUGGUGAUAACAGAGCCUGUGUUUACAGUUUGUGGCACACCCACAUAUGUUGCUCCAGAGAUACUUGCCGAGACAGGUUACGGUGUUGAAGUCGACAUCUGGGCGAUGGGUGUUAUCCUGUUUGUACUCCUGAGUGGGUUUCCUCCAUUCCGAAGUCCAGAGCGUAAUCAAGAGGAACUUUUUUGUCUCAUCCAAAAGGGCGAUGUCCAUUUUCUGUCUCCUUACUGGGACAAUGUAUCUGAGGGGGCUAAAGCUCUAGUCAGAGCUCUACUGGAGGUGGAUCCAAAAAAGCGCUUGACAGCUAAUCAAACAUUACAGCACGACUGGCUUCAACAUGCAACAGCACAAAAAGACCAUAAGGGGUCGACACAAGCCACUGAAGCUACAAUUGAGAAGCCCAACCAUCAAAUACUAAACAGACAAAUGGAAAGUCAGAAAGACAAUGAAAAUACUCUCAAACCGGACAUAUCAGCAGAGAAAUCUCUUGCAGUAGAUGUCAAUAAGUGCAGAAUAAAGAAUAAACAUAAACCGGAUAUUAAUGCACAUGAUACAUGCCAUAAAAUAAGUAGUGACCAACAACAUUCAUCCACAACAAAUAGGCAACAUAGCAUAGAUCAGCACAAACCUGACAGACCAGCAGAACGAGAAGACGCGACUCAAAACAAGAGUGACCUGCUGAAUAAUGAGAACUGACCUGCUGAGAAAUGAAAUGAAAAAUGUCAGUGAAGACUGAAUAAGCUAUGAAAAGACAAUAUAAGCCAUAUACAUCUAUCAGUGUGAUGAAUAUACAUAAAAAGAGACAGUACACAUAACAUAUGGCAUGACAUAAAACAAAUUGUAUACUAUAGCAAAUGUCUUCACAUUUCCAAGAGCACUGAUCUGAGAACGUAUAAAUUGUUUUAGAUGUUCCUUGUUUGUAAGUUCCUUAUUGUAACUUAACUUUGGUUAAAUGUGUCUGCUGAAUGUAAAUGCAUUGUUGAUAACCAAUGACAUGAUUCAAGAUAUGUCAGGUCUCAAGAGACUGUUGACCAAUGAUGUUGGUAAAGAAUGCCAGUUUUGCUGUUUAGAUUAAGGCAAUUGAUGUUUGUUUAUAAUGUUAAUAUGUGGCCAGUCUCUAAAUAAUUCUUAUGUGUUUUAUUAUAUACCUUUGUCGUUUUAAAACAAAUACUGGAAGAGUGAAUUUCAUUUUCUAAGAAAGAUUAUAAAUGUUUCAGCAAAUCCCAGCCAAUUUGUAUGGGAAAGUUGGCCAGCCAUUUUGUUAUAGUAGACUAGCUAAAAAACUAACAGUAUUCCAUCUAUUUUGUCUUCCUGUUUCUCCUAUACCCUGUAAUAUGGCAUAUAUAAUAAAAUAGUUUUCAUUCAUUUAA